CCAAGGCGUUCCACUGCUGGUAUCAUCAUCCGCACACGCAAUGAAUCAUUGUUUUUUGGAAAAUAAAAAAAUAGGAACGACAACAAUCAAAAACUUAUAUAUCGGAUAGAGGAAUGCCGUCAGAUGCCGAUCAUCAGGUGGACAUUAAAAUUUUCAGCGAAACAAAGUGUAACAUUAUAAAACAAGACAUCAUGUCAAUGUCCAACAAUGAAUUCCAGGAGUUUUUUAACGACCAAGUAUUCGGUACUUCCCUCGCAGAAGCUGCAUGUAACCAUGGUAACAGUAUCAACAAUCAAGAUUCAUCGGUUGGAACAGAUCACCAAAUAUCUUCCAAUGCAAGCAAUGUUGCCAAUAUGAGUGGGAUCAAUGGGACAGACGAAUCUUCCAGUCUCAAUAUGCAGAGGUCAACAGACAGCUAUUUCAUAACUGUCUCGUCACCAGACCAGGUGUCUGCCAUGCAGUCUUUAUUUCCUUCCACCCAGAGUUCUUCUAGUCACGGUGCCACAGAUAUGUUACUGGCAUCAGCGAGCACACAGAGAAAUACUUUAAUGGACAACGUGUCGACAUUGUCAAACACGCAGUGUAUUUCUUCGAACAUACAGACAGCAGAUAAUGUAGCCGAUGCCUUGACUACUCAGACUGUUAGCAUGAUGGAAAACAAUGCAAGAAACGGUUGUCCGCAGCAACCCGCUAAUCAAAAUAAUCAAAUGAAUUCUCAGCAAAUUGUGAUGGACAAUUCUGGCGGCAACACGAAUGUGAAGACUAUGGUGUCUGCCGACUCCUUAAACCUGCAGCAGAAUGUGAAUUCGCAGAAUGUGGUGAGGAAUCACGGGGAGUUAAAUUCACCAAAUGUUGCUGUGGCGGCAGUUGGCAGUUCGAAUGUGCAGGAUGUUGCCAAAGGGAUACUAAACGCCCAGAACCUGUUGAGUGGAAACGUGAUUUCCAUCCCUCUUCAGAGUCCGUCUGGCGCGAACCGGAUCAGUAUUAACACGUGCAGUGAAAAUCAAGGUAUUGGUAUGUUGGAUCAUACCCAAGUUAAAGCCCCAAUUUUUGUGAAUAUCCAUAACAUGAAUGCUUCCCAGACGGUUACUGCUCAUGGUCAUGUCGACUCGUCUCCAAAUGGCUCUCAAGGCAUGAAUCCUUCCGUGUCGGUAGGCAGCCAUGAUACAUCACCGGCUAAUAUUGGAUUGGCUGUUGAUAGAAGUCUGCCUAAUGUGUUCCUGAUUCAGGGCACUGCCAAUUCGCCCAAAAUGUUGAUUGUGAAUGCGGGGAAAAAUAACCUUGGACAAAUUCCAUGUACUUUUGCCAGUCCAGCCCAGCUUAACAUCAAGGAUGUGUUGUCGUUGGAUACUGGCAGUCAGGUUAAUGUAGGCGAGCCAAACAUUGCUUUGAAUAAUGAACAGAAUCUGUUUCUUCAUAAACUUCUGAUGGAAGCUCGAGGAAGUUUGAACAUUGUUUGCAGCAAAGAAAACAGUCAGCCUGUUAAUUCACCUCACGAAACUGUUAGUGCGCCCUCGCAGUGCAUGGAUUUGGGUAGCCGCGAGAAUGUUAAUUUGAUCAAUAUGUUGUCGAAUAAUAUUGGUAUUUUGAACUCUGUAUCUGUGCCAGUGAACUCGCUUCCUAAAAACACUUCAGGUGCCGAAGGUGUUGGUGUCCAAGCACAACACAUGGAUUUAGGAAGUCAGGAUAACUUAAACCUGACACAGUUACUGUCAAAUAAUCACGGAAAUUUGAAUUCUCAAUCCUCGACGAUGAACACACCAAAGAACCCUGGACAAGGAGAUGGUGGUGGUGGCACACAUUUACACUGCAUGGAUCUUGGAAACCAUGAAAACAUCAGUCUCUCAAAUCUUCUUUCAAACAAUAAUGGGAACAUGAAUUCCCCACAAGUUCAAGAGAGAAUGCAAGCGGGGGAGAAUCCUUCCCAGGGGGGUGAUGUUCCACAGAAUGUUGGAGGCAUGCAGCAGCGAAUGGAUCUUGGCAGUCAGGAUAACCUCAAUUUGAGUAGUCUCCUUGCGGUGGAUAAUAAAGGAAAUUUGAAUUCCGAAUCAAUUCAAGUGAUCGCACAAUCGGCCAGGCCUCCCGAACAGAUCCUGACGCCCACCAAAGAUGAAGUAAAAUCCCCCGUCAUGAUGACGAAUACGAACACCGAUAUGACGCAGCAGGGAUCCAAUCAGAUGACAGCUCACAAGCAGGUGGGUGAGCACGGGAUGGAGUCGAGAAGUCCGACUGCGUCGCAUGUGAUGAUUAACAAUCAAGGUCAGCUAGUCUCGGAAAACAUGGAGGUCUGCCAGCAAGGAAACAUGUCUGUGCAGCACGUGCUAAACCAGGCCGGGCAAAACGUAGCCAAUCAGAAUGUUGGAAAUCAGAGUAUGGCUGGUGAGAACAUGUCUGGGCAGAGUAUGGCCGGUCAGAACAUAUCUGGCCAGAAUAUGGCUGGGCAGAACACAGAUGGACAACAGUUGGAGAGUAGAAUGGAGAUCAGCAUUCAAGAGAAUUACAGUGCUAAUCAAGCUAAUGGGAAGAAUGUGUCGCAGGCUUCAACAAAUUCGGCAACCAGUGGGACGGUCAACACAACCGUAGGCUUGCCAUUAGACCUUCACAACAUAUGCCUGGACACGUUUCAGAAUGUUCCACUGAAUAUGGGCAACCUCAAUCAACAGGCCGUUUUCUCGACAGCCACCUCAUCCUCGCUGAAUGUCCAGCUGAAAUCGCCCACCAGUGCUGGAGCCAACCAGCAUCCCAUGUCGACGACUUCCGUGUUCUCAACACAAACGAACAACUUCAACAGUAUCUCCAUCUCAGAAACGACCGACAACGCGAUCACACAACUUAAUAAUCUCGGUGCUGAAAGCCAGCUGAGCGAACCGAGUUUAAAGCUGUCCCAGCCAUGUACACUGAACGUGUCUUCACAAGGGUCCAUGCUUCGCCGAAUGCUGACGGGUGACUGCGACGACGCUUCCCUCUCCCCUAGUUCUCCCAUAUCUAAUCCCGAAAACCAGUUGGAGUCGCCCAGGGACCUCUCGUCGCCUAACAACUUCUUCCAGGACAUGACCACUCAGUCGACGUUGAUCAACAAUGCAGAGAAGCUGCACCUCAGCUCGGAUGCGUACGUUAAAGACGAAACCAGCGACGGUUUCAAUCUCAUGAUGACGCCAUUCCAGACCGAAGACAAUACAAAUGUUCCAAACAAAAUUCACAAAGGUUGCCGAGACGACGAUGCCCAUUCGUCAAGGUCCGACCCUAUCUGUGUCGACAAGUUGUUCGAUGCCAAUGGAGCGUCGUCGACGACUAGUUACGAGUUCACAAAGUUUGGCUCGGACAUUCCAGGUGUUUUCAAGUUCGGUCUUUCCAGCAAAGCUAGUACUGUGAGUACAAGCUGUACAAACACCAGGGCUGUUCCUUCGAUUGUUAUGAAUAUGUCUCAGGGUGGUGAAUCGCUGAAAUCUGUGGUCCCCCCACCUGCUAAGCCUGCAGGACACAGCAAGAAGGUCAAGGAUCCUAGUCUGAGCAGUCAUUUUCCGAACAAAAGUCAUGGCUACGAACUACAGAUCGUCAGUCAACCGGAAGAACAACAUCGCGCCCGGUAUUUAACUGAGGGAAGUCGCGGAGCAGUCAAAGACAGGUCGCAACAGAAUUAUCCAAUUGUUAAGUUGCAUGGCCACAAUGAGGCGGUUAAGCUCCAAGUGUUUGUUGGAUGCGAGACGGGGCGAAUGAAGCCGCAUGGUUUCUAUCAAGCAUGCAAAGUGGCUGGAAAGAACUCGACUCCGUGUAUUGAGAAAGAAAUCGAUGGCACCAUGGUUAUUGAGUUGGACAUUAAUACAUCCAGCGACAUGACAGCAAGUGUGGACUGUGUUGGAAUUCUGAAGUUGAGAAAUGCUGAUGUUGAGAAGAGAAUUGGCGUCACCAAGGCACGAGCAAAGAAAAAGAACAGCACGCGUGCACGCCUGGUUUUCCGCACGACCUUCCAGAAGUCCGAUGGACACUACAUCACUCUACAGGCUGCAUCUACACCCAUUCUUUGUACUCAGCCUAUUGGACAGCCUGAGAUUCUGAGGGUGAGUCUGCUCGAGGCGACUGUCGACGGAGGACAGAGCAUGUUCAUUAUCGGGAAGAAUUUCCUGAAAAACACGCAGGUCUUCUUCCAGGAGGUCGUCAUGGAGAACGGAACCAUUCUCUGGGAGAAAGAGGCCAGCAUUGAGCAAGAAUUCUUUCAACAGACACAUUUGAUCUGUACGGUCCCCGAGUAUCAUAACGCAAGUGUUGACAAACCCGUUGACAUGCAGAUCAUUGUGAAAUGUCGUGGUAAGCUGAGCGAUCCUCACGAGUUUAUGUACAAGCCAUUGCCGCCAACAAUAAAAGUGGAAGAUCCCAUGGAGACGGACCAAAUUCAGAACAAGUCUGUUCCGUAUGGAGUCUCUCCAGUUGCAAUGGAUUUGAUCCGUCAAGUGGAGCAGCAUCAAACAGUCUCGACCACGUCGCUGUUUCAACUUCCCCCUGGAACCGUUAAAGGCAUCUCCAGUACUGGGACGACCCCCGUCCUGUAUCCAGACCUGAACGUCCAAAUGAACACCACGCCUCCCAGUUCGUAUCAGAUUCCUCCCCCUGCAGCGGCCGCUAUGCCGGUCAGUGGCGUCGUGACGACCAACGUCCAGACCCCACCCACUGCACAGCACACAGUGACCGGAUCAGAGUCGGCUGCAACGAUAAAAACUGUAUUUAUGAAUCCUCCGCCACCAACGAGUAACAUUCAGACGUCGUCCCCGAUGGUGUCAAGUAGUAACAUGACAACAGUUCCGCAGCACGCACCCCCCGUCAUGAGCCCGGCCCCCCUACAGACUCCAAUGAUCCUCAUUCUUCCAGGGACCACCAGCACGAACUCACUCAUACAGCCGUUGCAAGAUAUUAAUAAUGUUGAAGCUUUGUUGAAGAGCUUGCUUGGACAUCAGAAUGGGAUGAGGUAGCAAUGGAUCAGGUGACGUCAUUGUCACUUUAAACCAGACAUUUGUGUUGUGCGUGUGAGUGCGUGUCGGACCACAGUCCCCUGGUGAUCGCAGUAUUAAGAUCUCCGUGCCGUGUGCUCUAGCAGCAAGGACCAGACUGAGUAGCCUAACCGAGGAUGGUCUUGUUUUAAAGACAUUUACUGUGAUUGGUAACCCCAUUACCACCAAUCCUCACGUUAUGGACGUCUCUUGAGUCGUACUCGUAGCAGUUUAACACGUCCUCUUAGAUUCCAGGGGCUAGUUUUUUUGGUGGCAACAUGUUUACCAGGAGCCCUCUUUUUACCACUUGUCUUCUUGUGGUAUUAAUUUUUUUUACAGGAGUCUGGUUGGUAGCAUGGUACCAGAAGUCAUUAAAUUACCAAAGAUCUGUUGCAUGGUAGUGUAUUUAAAAGAAGAAAGGCGACAAGGACCAAAAAGAAAAAAAGAACAUCUAGUUCCUGUGGUCAUGUGAUGUGGUCUUGGUAUGCAAGAGAAACUGUGGUGUAAGGAGAAAUCAUUUGUAGCUUCACAAAGGCAGCUAAAUUGUGUUUUAGACACUCUUCUUCUUUUUUUUCUUUUGUAGCAGUCUACGUAUGCUGUUAAACAUGUAUGUUUGAGCGGUUGUACAUUUGAAACCUCCCAUCACUCCUGUUUUUCCACGUGUAAUGGUCAAACCUGUGAAUCACGACCAUCAGUUGUGGAUGCUGGAGAAAGAAGGGAUUGGUUAUGUGCUACAUUGAUUAUUAUAACUGUUAUUGGCUUUUUGUACAUUUUUCUACUGGGUGUAUUGUUAAAGCAAAAGAUUUCACUGCAGAGGCUGUUGUGUCGAAUCAUCUCUUGAAACCUGGGUGUCCACUUCAAAAAAUAAUCUGAUUUCAAUUCAGCCAUGUCUUUUGGGGAUUAGGUUUCAUCAGUCAUUUAGACUCAGUGGCAGAUCCAGAAAAUCCAUUUAGGGUAGGGGGCAAUGACAUGAGACAGAAUGCCAUGGGAACUUUGGUGGAGGUUUGGAGUGGGAUGAAAAUUAAUAUAUAAUAAAAUUAUAACUGUCGCAAAAUUUAGGCCCCCUAGAUCUGCCUUUCAAAGACCUGACUACGGAUAAUCAAAGCUAUCUUAGCGGUAUGGUAUCGUAAAACCGUCACAGGCUAUGACUUCACUGUGUGAGACAUGAUAGUUCCUGAUGUCGUAGCGCUAACAUAGCUUCGAAAAUCUGGGCCGUGUUCAAUUGUUCUGCAUAUAACUGUUUCGGUGCCAUUUCCCCAUUAGGGCUGUCCAGAAUUGAUUGCAUUAAAGAGGAGCGAGAUGGUAAGAGGCAUUUACUUCUUUGAUUACCACAAAUGAAGUAAAAUUGUAUUUAAAGCAAAGUGUGCAUAGGGGAAAACAACAGCAGAUUCACCAGGCAUAAAAGUGAUAAUUUCUGUACUUCAAGCCUCCGCCUUAAUGUUGUCAUUUCUGGAACAGUCCUUGGAACAAUAGAUGGAGUAUUGCACUUCUGGGGAAUUCCAAACUUUAGUCCUUUAUUGAAAGUUCAGUAAUCAGUUUUAGUAUGUCUAAAUCAUUGAUGAAAUCCAAACAUGUUUUUAACUGUAAUUUAUCAAUGUAUCAAAUUCAGACUA